AUGUUUUCUAAAACUCGCAACUCUAAUUUCCAAAUCAAGUCUCAAAACAAGAUUUGUUCUUUACCAUAUUCACUCUCCUCCGCCGCCUCUUCCUUGCUCUCUUCCACUGGACCACCAGCAGCCGUCGGAGCACCACCGCUAGAGGAGGCAACAACAACAAACUUACCCGGAUCCGCAACAAGGGUAUUGAUCCACACUACCUUUGUUAAUCUUGGUGGGAAUGUUGAGAAUCUGGAAGAAAGAGGUCUAAGAUGGAUCGAGACCAGUGUUAUCUUAUGGAACAACCACAUCCACCGGAGCCACAAGUCCAUCACACGCAGGAGCUCCGAACUUGUACUUGACAACUUCUUCACUGGAUUCCUUCAAGUCUCCCUUUGUGAAGAUCAGGCUGGCAUUCCCAGCAAUAUACAAUUUUCAAGACAUGAUGUACAAGUCAUUUAA